AUGACGGACAUUCUCAGAUCCUAUACUGAUUUAUCCCCUUCGACACCUCGGUUUCAUGUUUCAACGGUUUUGCAGUCGAUUAUUAACGGUACAUAUUUUUUGACGUUUAUCAAAGAAAAUUUUGAGCCCGUAUUGAAGCCCCUUUGCAAAGCUCUUCCUUUGACUUUUGACCAAUCAACCCGUGCAGUACUAGUCAGGUUACUGUUGAAGGACUUGAAGACGUUGAGCUCGAAAUCUAGACUAUUCCAUAAAGAUGCUGCCCUUGCGUUAUUAGCUCUAAAGACGUUAGGCAGAGUUCCCGUUGGAUCCGAGCCACUCACUGAAGCUUCAAGCCUCUGCACGUUGUUGGAAUUGUCAAGUUCGCUCUAUAAGGAAGACAGGAACGCGUCUUCUGAGGCGUUGAAAUGUGUAGCGAAUACCUUGCUAUUAUACGAUCACGCUAGAGUGACAUUCAUUUCGAAGGAAGUUAGUGGCGGAGAGUUCUGCGCAAGUAUGUUGGAGAAAGCGACAACUCCUGAACAAUUAUUCACUCUUUCCAGAAUCAUGUUUCUCGCAACUGCUUCUCCUUCCUCUCUAAUCCUUUCUCUGGUCGAAGACAAGCGGCAUGGACGCACAAUAAUUGAUGUAAUCGCGAUGAAAAUAGACAUUGUUCUCUCUAAUGUCUUAGGAAAUAAGGCCUUUGCUCGUGACGCUAUGUCUGAACUCUUGAAAUUCUCGUUCAAUCUUCUGUUACAUUAUCCCAAGUUACACGGUUUAGCCUCCGCGUCGUCGAGAAGUGAGCAAGAAUUUCAAAGCCCAAAUCUUGAUGGUCUUUUGCCCCCCUUGUUGCGCGUCUACCAAAACCUACCUCGCACAUUCCCUAUACCACUGGCCCCACCAUUAACUCAUGCCAUACACGCACUCGUUACUAUACCCAUGACGCCUACUCUAAUAAACUUAUGGUUUUCUGCCACUCGUAAUUCGACAUCCCGCCACGUACUUCCACCACAGACCCCUCGGCCCCGAAGCUCAAGCACUCUAGACCGUGCUCUAAAUGUCUUUGCUGCAGGACGUCGAUCCCUCUCUAUUUCCUCUAAUUCCCCUGCUUCCAUGAUCGGAAACUCUUACCACGACGUCGUGGUCCGAACAAUGGACCUCCUCGAAGUCGUCUUCUCGUUUCAUUUCCCCUCAAACUCCAACCCAGAUUCACGCGAAGUCCGCGAAGCGUUCAAGAAUGUCUUGGUCGGGUCAGCAAUGUCCGCAGAUACAAGUCUCGACGAACUCGUAUCGCCCUUGCUGGCAUUAUGCACUCGGAUAUGUAUGAUGGACAAGACCUCCCGCAAACGCGUGAGGGAGUGGAUUAUACCCCCUAACCUAGACCGCUCAUACCCAUUGGAUGAGAGAGAUGAUUUCUUGGGCAAGUGUAUUCGUUUGCUUGGAAGUGUAUACCAUUUGAGAUUGAAGGCCACGGUCGGGGAGAUGCUUUACGCUGCUUGCGAUUGUGAUCCUUCAAUCCUCUCCAGUCUUAUUGGCUAUGGGCACGUUGCAGGAUUCUUAUUCAACAAAGGAAUACUUUCCGCACCUCCUCCGCCUUCGAACGACCCUCAUUCCUCACAGCGCGUCGUCAACCCCAUCACCGGAACAUAUGACACGAUGCCCCCAGGCGGUUUGAACAGUCAUAUUGCCGAAAUGACUGAAGAAGAGAAGGAAAUCGAAAUGGACAAGCUAUUUGUGCUGUUCGACCGACUCGAUCGGUCUGGGGCACCACCUCCAGAUCAGAGGAAAACCGCCCACUCGACCGUAAAAUCGAAACGCACCCCCAAAUAA